AUGGCCAGCAAAGAGAGUACUCAGAAGCUUGCCGCGGAAGUACAGAAUGCCCUCAAUAACCUCCACGGCCUCCUCCUUGGCGCCGCAUCCUGCGAAGAAAUUGCCUUGGCAAGGGCAAUAUAUCACGUUCUCCUCACCGAAUGGUCUGCCAGAUCUCCAAAUGCACGAGUAUUCGAUGAGAAUAUCGACACAAAGCCUACGACGUCCCUAAAAAUAGCGAAUUGGCAUAAUCAUGCUGUCGAAAGAGCAACUGAGAUCUUAAGUUGGCAGGCGACCCCUCCCAGAGCACGAAAACGGAUCUGGGAAUCCAUGCGUAAAGCCUAUGAAGUAUAUAUUCAGAGGCUCGAGCAGAACUUUGAGUCCUGGAAUGAGAUUUGCCGGAAGCUUAGUAGGGGGCCUAAACCACGGGGGCUGAAGAAGGCGGAUCAGACGACAAUAUGGAUGAUGCUUUUCAGGGAGGAGGUUCUCGCUUGGUUCGACUUUCAGAGAGCGACAACAGUUUUUGUGCUAAAAGAUCCUGGAGAUGGAAUCGUUCAAUUUUUGACCGAACGGAAAGAGAUGCUGAUGCUGUUUAAAACUAUCCACGUGGAGGGCCGGGGCUUGCUUGAUUGGCCAAUCACAGGGCAGGUGUUGGAACUGCAAGCCAAAUUAUCACCGACUUUGCGAAGACUAGGUGGCCUAUACGCGGCGUGGAACAUUGAGCAAAUCGUUGGCAUGGGAGAAGUGACUGAAACCGAGCGCGCGGUGCUUGCCAUGGGAGUUUUGGUUCCAGGUGUUGGGCGGCUUGUGAAAGCUGGAAGGCUCAUGUAUUCGACUACACGGCUAACGCAGCUCUUUGGCAGCAAUUUUGAGAUUUGGGAACUGGCAAUAUUCUACUCAGCCCAAGUGUCAAGGGAACGACUGCAGGAACAAGCCCUAGACAGCGCCAUGGCUAUCUUGGAAUCGGGCAAGAGGCUGCCCAAGGCAAAAGAAGCAGUGCUAAAUUCUGCACUGGAAGUCAUUUUGGGCCGAGGCAGGCUGCCAGAGCACCCUGAGCCGCUCAUUAUUGAAAAGUCGGUCACGGAUUUGUGGGCUGAUUUACUAUUGAGACACCCCUGGCUUGCAUCAUCUGCUUCACUAGAUGACCAUGCACUUCGAAGAAUCCUUUUGAUGGGUACAAAUUACUCCCAUUUGCAGUCUCAACUGCUUGCUGAGUUGGCUGAGUCCCGCAUCUGCGCUUUCAUGCGUGAUAAGAAAGGCCUAUAUAGUCUUGGGAUUUCAGUGCCAGCUGAUAGCACAUUGGACUUUGUCCCUGGGCAUGCAUUCCGCCUUGGUAAUACAGGAUCUGAGAUUGACAACCGGCAAAUAUCCGACGGAGUACUUGGCUACUGGCGAAAGGGGAUAUUCGUUGUGGCAGCUAUAUUGGAAGUUAAGGUUGAGGGUCUUGGAGGAAGGGAGCUUGGGCACAAUAAAUCAGAAUUCUAUAGCCUUACUCGACGUGAGCAACAGUACUUACGAGCGUACUCGAACCGGGAGCGGGUUGAGAUGAAAGAGACAGCCGAGAGAACAGGUGAAGAGCUCAGACUGGAUAAAGAGGGGUUGGGACCAGCGACAGACAUAGAGGUUUUAAGUCUAGAGAUUCUCAAAUCCGAGACUGGCAGCCAAAUUACUCGUGAUAUUUCUCGGCUCGACAAUUUUGAGCAAGGUCGAAUCAACGGUAUCCUAGCCCCAUUCCAACUCGCGAAAGAUGCCAUAAAACCAACCAAGAUCCUAUUCGUCGUACCAAAAGGUCUUCAGUUAAGUGAUCAAAUAUAUGUUAAUCUCAAGAAUGAAGUCGAAAAUCUAAACACAACGAGAACUGGAAAGCCCAAAAUCCCGUUCCAUAUUGAGCCGUUUGCAGUUCCCUUCGAAGCUUCCCAAUUGAAAGGAAUCGUCGAAGAAAUUAUCGACGACGCCAGCAAAAUGAUAUACUCUUCUGGCGCCAUCAACGACUCUGCAAAUGAAAGCCAUCAUGGUGCGAGUACGGGUGAUUUCAUAAUGUACCUCAAGAGAGUAUACGCUAUUGCACUUGAUUACAAGACGGGUCGUGAGGGAGCCAAUCAACGUGUGGUGGAGUGGCUUCGAUUUUUGGAGUAUAAUGAUAUGAGGUGGGAUAGGCUUGUCGGCUCUAUUGACAAUGAUUGGAUAACGCACAUUCUCGUCAAAGAUAAGGAUUUAAAGCGGCUGGACUUCGUUACAGAUCCUUUGCACCCAAUCAACGUCAAGGUCUCCCAUUGGGGAGCAGCCAUCGAUGGCGUUUUAAAACGAGAGCGACCUACAACCACAACCUGGACAUUCGCAGAUAUAGCUGGCUGGGGAGGAGACUUGAUUCAAUUGUAUAGCAACUGGCAAGCAAGUGAAAUACGCAGUGGAUCCGAAUAUUGUUGGCGGCACUUCGCUCGUCCAGGGGAUACUGGUGGCUUCAAACUGAGGGACCUGAUCGAGGACGCAGAUGGUUUUAAUAUUGGAACUGCGCUCCUGACAGACCAAAAGAGAAGUAUUCUCGAUGAAGUGGAGGACCUUUUAACCCCCAGGGGGGAAAUAUAG